AUGAAAGCCGAGGCUAAGCCGUCAGCUCCAGGAGAGCCUCUGGCCAGCGAUGGAGUGAAGGUGUCGGCUACCGGACUCACGCGGCAACAGCAACAACGAGUGGCAGCGCACAGCCACAUCCGUUCUCUUGGCUUGGCAGCAGAUGGGACUGCACUCCCUCAGGCAGGGGGGAUGGUGGGUCAGGUGGAGGCUCGAGAGGCAGCUGGCAUUAUUGUCGACCUCAUCAAGGCGCGAAAGCUUGCAGGUCAAGCGUUGCUCCUCGCCGGUCCUGUCAGCUCUGGCAAGACUGCGUUGGCGAUGGGCAUUUGUGGCCAGCUCGGCAGUGGCGUUCCUUUUGUUCCCUUGGCUGCCUCUGCGGUGUAUAGCAGCGAAGUCAAGAAGACGGAGGUGCUGCUGGAGCACUGCAGAAGAGCACUGGGUCUGCGCAUUCGCGAGGUGAAGGAAGUUUUCGAGGGAGAAGUUGUGCAGCUUGCAGCUGAGGAAGCAGAGAAUCCCCAUGGUGGUUUUGGCAUAGUCAAGCGGGUAGGCCGGAGUGAUGCGUAUGCUACGGAGUUUGACCUCGAGGCGGAGGACUUCGUUCCCGUUCCCAAGGGCCAUGUUGAGAAGAAGAAGGAAGUCGUGCAGACGGUCUCACUGCAUGAUCUAGAUGUGGCCAACGCAAAGCCCCAGGUCCACAUGCUUGAUGUCGAAUGCUUCUCUUUCCUGAAUCGUGUUCUGGAAUCGCCCAUGAGCCCGAUCAUCGUCUUCGCAACGAACCGAGGUGUCAGCACGGUCCGAGGCACGGAUUCUGUAGAGCCGCAUGGCAUGCCCGUCGAUCUUUUGGACCGCUUGCUGAUUAUAAAGACGCAACCAUACACAGUUUCCGAAGUUGUCCAAGUCAUCCAGUUGCGUGCUGCAGUAGAACGUGUAGCGCUUUCGCCUGCGGCGCUUGAGGCGCUGGGCGAAAUCAGUGCGCACACCUCCCUGCGGUUUGCACUCCAGUUGCUUGAGCCAUGCCGUCUUGCAGCAGAGGCUCGGGGGUCUGAAAUUGUUGAGCCGAACGAUGUGGCCGACGUCGACGCUUUGUUCCUGGAUGCCAAGGCGUCGGCUGUGAGACUGGCUGAACAGCGGCACCACUUCCCUUCGUAG